UUGCUGUAAAUAUUCAAUAUUUAUUGAAAAGAGGAAUUUUUAAGGGUCAAUAUUGACUCAAUAAUAAGAGUUUGUGAACGGGAGUUGUUUGUGUUGAGGUAGAGGCUUGAGGAAGGUCUUCACGCUGCUCCCUUAUAUUAGGUGACAAUGAGUGGAGGAGGACCACCAGGUGGGAAUGUCCCUCCAGGUUAUGGUGCUCCCCCUAUGGGGUUCAGAAUGCCUCCCCCGGGCCCAGGUAUGCCUCCUCGUCUGCCACCGCCGGGUUUCAUCCCCCCUGGAGCACCGCCGGGAUUACCACCACCGGCGUUCAAUGUUCCGCCUCCUGGUUUUAUGAGCUCCUUUGGUCAGGCUCCUUCAGGUGAAGGUAGUGGUGCAGUGAUCUCUGCUGGUCCUCAGCUCAAUACUCCUCCAGCCAGCAAUUCUCCUGCUGCCAUUCAAGUAGUAUCUCCAGCGACCACUCCAGGCCCAGCCACUUCAGCAAGUCCCUCACCUGCCAACAUAGCCAUGCCUGGUACCCCAUCUCCUGCCCUGCCUACCUCCGCCCCCAGUGCCCCUCCAGUCAAGCCUGAGGCUGGUUCACCGACCAAGGACAAGAAGAGUGUGUGGACAGAACACAAGGCUCCAGAUGGAAGGGUUUAUUUCUACAAUACACUGACCAGACAAUCGUCCUGGGAGAAACCUGAUGAACUUAAAACAUCGGCUGAGUUGUUACUGUCUCAGUGUCCCUGGAAAGAGUACAAGUCAGAAAGUGGAAAGACUUAUUACCACAAUGUUAACACAAAGGAGUCACGCUGGACAGUUCCCAAAGAGCUGGAGGACCUCAAAACAAAAAUUUCCUCUGAAGAAAAUGCGAGUAAAACAAGUACUAAAAGUGUCCCACAGGACAAAAAACCAACCUCUGCUAUGGACCAAGCCAUGGCAGCCACUCUCGCUGCCAUCCAAGUUCCUGCCUCAAAUAAAGCCCCAGAGAAGAAGUCCGGCCCACAGGAAAAAGAAGAGCUUGGUAAACCUGCUGUUUUAGCCAUGACAGAGCAGACCGCAGUAACGGCCCCAAGUUCUUCCCGGGAAGGGAUGCUAAGGCUCUCCGGGAUGCAGACCGGCUCCUCCGGCGUAAAGAGGGUGGACUCUGCCGGAGUGGAAGUAGUGAAGGAAGUGACAGAACCCAAGCAGCUGGUGUUUAAGGACAAGAAGGAAGCAUUAGAAGCAUUCAAGGAGUUUCUCCGUGACAAGGGUGUUCCCAGUGAUGCUACUUGGGACAAAGCCGUCCGUAUGAUACAGAAUGAUGCACGAUAUGAAGCCUUCAACAAGCUCAAUGAGAAGAAACAAGCCUUCAAUGCUUACAAAGUCCAGCGUGCCAAGGAAGAGAAGGAGGAGCAGCGACUUAGAGCCAAGAAAGCCAAGGAGGACCUGGAACAUUUCCUCUUGAAUAGUGAACGCAUGAGCUCCUCCAUCAAGUACUACCGAUGCCACGAGAUGUUUCAGCACCUCGAGCUGUGGAAGACCGUGCCGGAGUCGGAGCGCCGGGAGGUGUACGAGGAUGUGGUGUUCAACCUUGCCAAAAAGGAGAAGGAGGAAAACAAAGCAAUGAGGAAGAGGAACAUGAAGGUGCUGAGUGAGAUAUUAGACAGCAUGACCAAUAUUACCUUCAAGACCACCUGGUCAGAGGCACAACAGAUGCUCAUAGACAACCCAACUUUUGCUGAGGACACAGACCUGCUGAGUAUGGAUAAGGAGGAUGCCCUCAUUGUUUUUGCUGAGCACAUCAAACAACUUGAAGAAGAAGAAGAGGAGGAGCGUGAGCGGCAGAAGAAGAGGGUGAAGCGGCAACAGAGGAAGUGUCGUGACAACUAUAUAGCUCUGUUAGAUGAGCUGCAUGAACAGGGCAAACUGACAUCCAUGUCAUUAUGGGUAGAACUGUAUCCAAUGAUCUCUGCAGACAUCAGAUUCACGGCCAUGUUAGGUCAGCCAGGAUCAACGCCUCUUGACUUGUUUAAAUUUUAUGUGGCCGAUCUCAAGUCUCGCUUCCAUGAUGAAAAGAAAAUUAUUAAGGAAAUUUUGAAAGAGAAGUCAUUCGAGGUCCAGGUCAAGACGAGCUUCAAAGAAUUUGCCACAGUGGUGUGUGACGACCCUCGUUCGGCGACGCUGGAUGCUGGUAACGUCAAGCUAACGUACAACGCUCUUAUAGAGAAGGCUGAAGCAAGGGAGAAAGAAAGACAAAAGGAGGAAGCUCGUAAGAUGCGUCGGCUGGAGGCCGGUCUACGCGCUGCCUUUAAGUCCAUCGGUGUUGACUCCGGCUCCACCUGGGAAGAUGUACGUCCUCGGGUACAGCACCUUUCAUCCUUCACUGCCGUCACCAUAGAGGCAGAGCGCAUCAGAAUAUUCAAGGAGUAUCAACAGCACCUGGAGGAAGCGUGCGGCCAUCACCACUCCCGCAAUAAGAAGAAAAGCAAAAAGAAAGACAGAAAGAAAUCCCGAUCGCGCUCUCACUCGUACUCGUCUGACAGUGACGAGGGUCACCACAAGCGCAGGUCACGACGCUCUCGCUCCCGCUCAAAGAGUUACUCUGAUGACUCUGAGGAGGAACGCCGCCGCUCUCGUAAGAAAAAGAGCAAGAAGAAGAAGGGGCGGAGCCGCUCGAGAUCAGUCAGCAGUGAAGACUCCUACAGAUCACGGCGCUCCAGCAAGAAAAAGAAGCAUCGUUCUCGGUCACGGUCUCGCUCCAGGUCACGUGGGGGCUCAUACAGAAGUUCCCAUGUGCGAUCCCGAGGCCAUUCUGAAGGCGAUUCUGGUCGGAGGUCAUCAGAACGUGAGGCUGGCGAGGUCAGCUUAGAGGAGGGAGAGCUGAGCGAAGAUGAGUUGGAAAAGAAGAGAGAACAGUUAAUGAAAGAACUGGAGAACAUCAACUAAUGUACAUGAAAAUACUGUAUUGUAAAUGAAGAUAAGAUCAUGCAAAAUGGAAGCCCAAACCAUUUAAGACGAGAGCUUAUUAUAGUUGUUCAGACCCUAGCUAGCUAGAGUUAAGACUGUACAGUAUAAGUAAUUGAAUAUUUGUAGUUAAUCCAUUAAAUAUGAAAUAGUAAA